GGGGAAGGUGACCCGGAAGUAGUUCUCUGGUGUAUAGCUCUCGAGCGGCUCCCGCAACGGUUUAAAGAGAAAUUUCAUCAGCAUUUGUCAGCCUUUCCCCCUCUUCUCUUGGUCUGUUUUGUGACUGUCAACGUCACCAAUGGAUCAUUCAGGGCAAACAAAGGAAACAUUACCCGCUAUUGUUGCAAAAAAGACUAUUUAUCCACCAAAAAAUGCUUAUUCCAGGCUGGUAAAUCAGCACCGUAGUGGAAGAUUUAGAGCGUAUCUAAACCAAUUUGCUCAGCAAAUUAAUUAUAUGGACCAAAAUGAUGAAAGUGGAAUUAUUCCUGAGACUGGUUUGAAUCUUUCAGAAAUGGAAGUGGUGCAACCAAAGGAUGUUAAUAAUGGACAAAAUCUAGGAGGAAUUCCAAAAUACAGUCAUUCUGUGGACAUUGAUAGCCCUGCCCCGUUUACAAACACACCUGCUAAUUGUUUGGAAAAAGUUGGGGAUUCUGGUGUGACAGAUAUGCUUGACUCUUGGAGGAAGAAGCAGGGUCUGACAGCCAGAAAGCAAAACAAGCAAAGAGAUAUCAACAACAGCCAGGAUGGAGAUACUGAAUUGGGAAAUGAAGUUAUGUUCAAAGAAACUAGACCUAAACAAGUCCAUACAAAUACACAUUCAGAUCGCCACAAAGAGUUUGCAGGGCUUGCAAAAACAGUAACUGCUGGGGACAGUGAUAAUUACUCUGAUUCUGCGUUGCCAAGGCAUAAGCAAACUUCUGACAAUUGUAUCCAGGAUAUUGAUCUAGGGAAAACAGCGAGUAAUUUGCAAAUAACUAAUGAGUUGGAAUUGCAGAAUAAUAAGAAAAAGAGAAAUAGAAGAAAGAGCAAAGGGAAAAAUGACCAAAACUUGGGUGUAACUCAGUGUUCUAGUGGAGUCUGCAUUGGAGACCAAGUUGCUGCACUUCAUGACUUGGAACCUACUCUGCCAGAGAAAACCAUUGUCAACCAUGUGCAAAGUGAAAUUGCAGACAAACGACCUGGUCCAAAAGCUAAGCACAGUCACGAGUCAGUCAAAAGUAAUCAACCUUUUGACAGAAGAAAAAAAUCUGAACCACUGGAAGGAACUGAUGAGAUGAAUUUUAAACCUGUGAUCACUAAAGUGGAAAAUCUAACUAUACAAUCAACUCCUAAUGAUAAACGGAAUCGGAGACGAUCUGGCCGAGGGAGGAAGAAGAUAUUUGAAAACUAUUUGUCAAACAGUGAUGUUUCAACUGGCUUAAAGAGAGGAGAACUUAUACAGGGCCCACUGAGGAUAAAUCCGAAAAACUACCAGGAAGCUUUUAUUCCUUCUCCUGAUGGAAACCGAGAUAUUUUUAUCGAUGGUAUCAUUUCUCGGAAUAGAGCUUUGAAUGGUGAUGUGGUGGUAGUAAAACUCCUGCCCAAGGAGAAGUGGAAGGUUAUUGUCCCUGAAGGAGAUGGCUCAGAAACUAAUACAGCUGCUCAAUCGGACAUGGCUGGUGGUGGUAAUAAUGUUAACUUUGAAGACCUUCCAGCUCAGGAUGAAGUUGAAGUGCUUGAAACCAGUCCUGAUGUAAUUAUUGAGGAGCAAUAUGAUGACAGCCAAGAUGAUAAUGGAAUGAGUGAUUUGAAGAAAAUCAUAUUUGAUGGAAGCAUUAGCAAAAUAAGCUUCAGUCCUUCAGAAAAGGCCGCUGGAUUUAGCGGAAUACAGCCUGUUGAUAAGAGUGGCACCAGAACGCGAACUUCAAAACAAAGGAAGUCUUGCAGUAUGGCAGUAAAUGAUUCAAGAAUUCAUCCAGAUAGAUUUCUUCAAAAAACUGGCAAGGUCAUUUACAUUGUGGAGAGGAAACAUUCCAGAGCUGUGACUGGAUUUGUCAAACCAUUACCUGAUAAAAACAGUGAACUUUAUAAGGAGUUCUUCCUUUUUUCACCUGUUGAUCACAGAGUACCUAGAAUCUUGGUACCUUCAGAAGACUGCCCAAAAGACUUAAUGGCCAGGCCUGCAGAUUAUGCAAAUGUUCUUUUUGUUUGCCGCAUUGUGGACUGGAGGGACGACAGCAGUUAUGCAGAUGGGCAUUUAGCCAAAAGUCUAGGGCAAGCUGGCGAAAUUGAACCUGAAACUGAGGGCAUCCUUAUUGAGUAUGAUGUGGAUUUCUCAGACUUCCCUAACGAGGUUUUGGAAUGUCUACCAAAAUCUAUACCAUGGACCAUCCCAAAAGAAGAAUUAGAAAAACGUAAAGAUUUACGGCAAGAGUGCAUAUUCACGAUUGAUCCAGCCACUGCUAGAGACUUGGAUGACGCACUAUCUUGUUGCAAACUCCCAGAUGGAAACUUUGAAGUUGGCGUGCAUAUUGCAGAUGUGAGUUACUUUGUUCAAGAAGGCACUGCUCUCGAUAUGAUUGCCAGCAAGAGGGCAACCAGUGUCUAUCUGGUUCAGAAGGUGAUCCCAAUGCUCCCAAGACUUCUCUGUGAAGAACUCUGUAGCUUGAACCCAAUGCAGGACAAGCUAACAUUUUCUGUCAUUUGGAAGUUGACUCCACAAGGAAAGAUCCUUAGUCAAUGGCAAGGCCGAACUAUUAUUCGCUCUUGUGUAAAGCUGAGUUAUAAUCAUGCACAAAGCAUAAUUGAGGAUGCAGAAAAGAUAUUCACUCCUGAUGAAUUACCACCUGUUUCACCUGAUCACCGUAUUACUGAAAUAAAGACUGCUGUAUUAAAUCUUCAUAACAUCGCCAAACAUCUUCGUAGGCAAAGGUUUGAUGGGGGUGCUUUGCGACUGGACCAGUCGAAGAUCGCCUUUACCUUGGAUAGCGAGACAGGAAUGCCUCAAGGAUGCUACAUCUAUCAGUAUAAGGACAGCAAUAAAUUAAUAGAAGAGUUCAUGUUACUGGCAAACAUGGCAGUUGCCCACAGCAUCUACAAUUCAUUCCAUGAACAAGCUUUACUGCGGCGACAUCCACCACCACAAACAAAUAUGCUUGAUGACCUCACCGCAUUCUUUGAACAGAUGGGGAUUGAGCUUGACUUCAGUACUGCAGGCACAUUACACAAGAGCCUAAAUGAAAUUGUAGGGAAAGACGAAUAUGCCAGGAAGGAAAUACUGACCCACAUGUGCUCUCGACCAAUGCAGAUGGCGCAGUACUUCUGUGCAGGAGUCCUUUAUGAUGAAGCAUUAUUCCACCAUUAUGCACUCAAUGUGCCUUUGUACACUCACUUCACUUCCCCCAUUCGCCGUUACGCUGAUAUCAUUGUGCAUCGACUUCUUGCUGCAAAACUUGAUUCUGGUCAACAGAUUGGUCUGGAUAAAAGUGACAUUCAGAAACAAGCCGACCAUUGCAAUGCGAAAAAGAGUGCUUCAAAAAAAGUGCAAGAACUUAGCACUGAGAUUUUUUUCUCUGUUUUUGUGAAGGAAUGUGGCCCUCUGGAAUCUGAAGCCAUGGUGAUGGGGGUUUUGGACCAAUCCUUUGAUGUAUUGGUUCUACGAUAUGGUAUCCAGAAGCGAAUCUACUGUAAUGGCCUUCCUCUCCAAAGAUUUACUUUUCAAAAAGUAGGAAAGAACCCUGAACUAAGAUUGAUGUGGGAACCAGAGACAUUGGACCAAAAGCCAAUUUGUCAGGUAAUAACCAUUUUUGCACUGGUGGAGAUUGUCUUAAAGUCGGACAACACAGCCUUCAAGUACAGCGCCAUUCUCAAGAAACCAACUGGAGCUGCUGAAUGAAGACAUAUCUGAACUUCGAAAAAUGCUGCUGAAGCCAAAUAGUUUCUGUUAACUGGAAAGUUUUUUUAAAGCGCAAAAAAUUGUUUGAAAAUUAAAUAACAUUUUAAUGGUAAUUUUAAAUUUUGAUUUAGCUGCACAGAACUGUUGUAGCAAGUUUUAUUUGAAGUAAAAUUGUGUUGUGUGGUAAGGAGCUUAAAAAAUGCAAUCUGUUGCAUAUGUUUUUACAGCUAUAUCAGUUUCAUUGUGCAUCACAAUAUUGUUAGAAACUGAGGUUAGAAAAGAGCAAUAAUAUUUGAAACUAGUAGAGUGGUAAACAUGAAGUGAUGUUGAAAUCAAGCAUUGUUUGAUGUUGAAUACAUAUCUAGACCAGCACUAUACACAGAGUAAUGAGAACUAACUGUUGUAAUGUAUUCUGCAGCAAAUAAUAAAACAAAGCCUGCUUCCAAA